UCCGAGCGCGUGGAUUCCAGUGAGCGCGUCCCGUCUGGAAAGGGGACGGGAGGAAGAAAGGGACGCGGCCGGCGGGGCCUGGGAGGCUCCCAUUGUCCUGCCCUCCGCAGACACCCUCCUCUCUCCGUCCCUGGCGCUUCAUUUCACAACCUCCACCUCCUGGACUCUCCCUUGCUGCGACUGUCCCGCCCCUCGUCCUCUUCUUUCCCACCCCUCCACCCCCCCCCCCCGCUCCACCCCGCCUCCUUCUCCUGCCCCCUGCUCGUCGGCCACCAAGAUAGAUUCCCUCAGGAGCAAGGUUGACCUGCUCAAGCUGCCGCUGGCUCUCUCCACCAAGUCCAUCUCCGAGCGCAAGAGCCAGCUGGGCGGAGCCGGCGAGCGGCGCGGGGCCCGGAAGGCCCGCUCACCGCCGGCCCCAGACAUGGACAACGAGUCGCAGUACUCGGGCUACUCGUACAAGUCCUCUCACUCCAGGAGCUCCCGCAAGCACCGGGACCGGAGGGACCGCCACCGCUCCAAGAGCCGAGACAGCAGCAGCCGAGGAGACAAGUCAGUGACCAUCCAGACCCCCGGAGAACCGCUGCUGGAUGCUGAGUCCACCCGGGGCGACGACAGGGAUGAUAACUGGGGAGAGACCACCACCGUCGUCACCGGCACCUCCGAGCACAGCAUCUCAAACGAGGACCUGACCCGGGUCACCAAAGACUUGGAGGAGUCGACUCCGCUGGAGUGUAAGCGUUUCGUGGGCCCGGCGCUGGGAGGCUGCCUGAGUGUCUUCGCCCUGAUCACGCCGCUAGCCUUCCUCAUCCUCCCUCAGGUCCUGUGGCGGGACGCCCUGGAGCCGUGCGGCACGCCGUGCGAAGGCCUCUACGUGUCGUUGGCUUUCAAGCUGCUGGUGCUGCUCAUCUCCUCAUGGGCGCUCUUUCUGCGCUCGCCGCGCGCCACCCUGCCGCGCUUCUUUGUUUUCCGCUGCCUGCUGAUGGUGCUGGUCUUUCUGUUUGUGGCUUCCUACUGGCUGUUUUACGGCGUGCGGGUGCUGGAGCCCCGAGAGCGGGACUACCGGGGCAUCGUGGAGUACGCCGCCUCGCUGGUGGACGCCCUGCUCUUCAUCCAGUACCUGGCCCUCGUGCUGCUGGAGGUCCGGCACCUUCAGCCGGCCUUCUGCCUCAAGGUGGUGCGCAGCACGGACGGUUCCAGCAAGUUCUACAACGUGGGCCACCUCAGUAUCCAGCGCGCCGCUGUCUGGGUGUUGGACCGUUAUUACAGCGACUUCCCCGUCUACAACCCUGCCCUGCUCAACCUGCCCAAGUCCAUCCUGUCCAAGAAGAUGACCGGCUUCAAGGUUUACUCUCUGGACGAAAACCCCACUAAUAACUCCACGGGUCAGUCCCGGGCCAUGAUCGCAGCUGCCGCCAGGCGGAGAGACAACUCACACAACGAGUUCUACUACGAGGAGGCCGAGAUGGACCGGAGGGUCCGCAAGCGCAAGGCCAGGCUGGUGGUGGCGGUGGAGGAAGCCUUCACGCACAUCAAGCGCCUCCACGAGGAGGAGGCGGCCUCGUCUCCCAAGCACCCCCGGGAGGUGAUGGACCCGAGGGAGGCGGCCCAGGCCAUCUUCGCCCCCAUGGCCCGGGCCAUGCAGAAGUACCUGCGAACCACGCGGCAGCAGGCGUUCCACAGCAUGGAGAGCAUCCUCACACACCUGCAGUUCUGCAUCACGCACAACAUGACGCCCAAGGCGUUCCUGGAGCGGUACCUGGUCCCCGGCCCCACCAUGCAGUACCAGCAGCAGGCCGGCAGGGGGCGCCAGUGGACCCUGGUGAGCGAGGAGCCGGUGACCUCGGCCCUGCGGCAGGGCCUGGUCUUCUCCCUGCGGCGCCUGGACUUCUCGCUGGUCGUCACGGUGACGCCGCUGCCCUUCCUGCGGCUGGGCGAGGAGUUCAUCGACCCCAAGAGCCACAAGUUCGUCAUGAGGCUGCAGUCGGAGACGUCGGUGUAGAGCCUCCGCCGGCGCUGCUUUUCCCUCCAGUCUCUUCCUGCCGUCGAGGACGGAGAAACUCGAGGUGGACGGAGCGUUUUCCACGCCUCCUCCCGCUCCCCGCCGCCACUGAUGCUCUGAUAUCAAACUGUGAUCAGCUUAACGAUUGUCCACCACUCUGGAAAUACACAGAUGCCUUCAUCGCCGCCUUCACGGCUGGAGGACGGCCUUUUCUGUUUUUUGCCUCUUCAGCUGGAACCACUGGACGACUUUACUGAUUCAACACACGAACAGCAGAGGAGGAGGAUGGCGUCGCAGCUGUCACUUCCUCUUUCUCCUGUCUUAAAAAAACCAUCCUCGACGGCCGCACCGCUGCCUUCAGCUUCUGUCAGGACUUUUAUUCUGAUCCACAUGAUGGGGACUGGCUUUCAUAUAAGAGGGGGGAGUUUUUUUUACUUCAGAUAUACAGAAUGUAGCAUUGUGUGCAUCAAGUUAACACGUUUCAUGUUUUUACCGUCACUGUUAAUGCAGAUGGAAGAACAAUCCUAACUCGAUGCUCCCACAGACUGGACCUUCUCCAUGGUCCUUGUUUUUAUCUGCACCGGCUGUUUUCACUGCUGAUGCCACCGUUUUCACAGCGAGUCCUUUCUACCUGGUAGCAACAUGCAAUCUGUCUCAUUUGGAUAAAAUACAUUUUAUUAUUCAUACAUAUUGUCACCACCCCGAGAAAAAGUAAGCUAUUUUUAUUUUUCACAGCAGGGGGCCACUAUAAAGUGAGUUUGUGUGGCAGGGUGUGUGUGUGUGUGUGUGUGUGUGUGUGUGUGGUUGACCCAGGACAAAGCACCCUGGUCCACAUCACCGACACUAGCGGGGCUCAUUAGGGCCCUUUUUGAGGGGUUUGAAACGUGUCACCUGACAGAAACCUAACUGAAAACUACUGUGAUUACUGUUUCAGAGUAACCAACGAACUGACAGAAGAACACAUUCAAACGUGUCACUUGUAACUUUUUCCACUGCUUUCUUCUGUUUUGAACAGUUAAGCAAUUCAAAUUUGGGUAUAUCUUUAAAAAAACAACCAAUUUGAUUUCAGGCAGCAUCUGACCCUCCAGGCUGUUAUCUUCUUCAUUUCCUCAGAGCUCACACAGGUGAAGAUAAAGCUGUCAUUAUUUUUUCACAUGUUGAAAAAUGCCUAUUCAGCGGGAUCAUUUCGCGUCAUGUGGCUGUUGUUAACGCUCCCUCAGUGCCGUUUUCCUACAUCACCCUCCUUAUUCUCAUGUUUUCUUGUUGAAAUCACAAUUAUUAUGAAUCAUAAUAAUAUUAUGAAUAAUAAUAUGAGCAGUGUUUUUCUGAGCUUCAUGUUAAUCCUCCAGUGAAGAAGAAAACUUCUUUUUUAAUUUGAAAGGACAGAAUUUGAAUUUGACAGUGAAAAUACCAAACAGAUCAUGUGCUGCCAAGUGUGAAUGGAGUCGGCGUGUCUUCUGCGGCCCGAUCGGGCGGCUGGAGUUUAACCGUAGACUGACUUCUUCUUCUGUGUUUUCUUUGUAAAACCGAUGCAUAUCUCCAAAAAAAACCCAAACCAGACGUGCGAUUGUAACCCCUCUCUGCAGCAGCAGGCCGUCACAGCACUGCCCGCGGCCCUCGAGCAAGCCUUACUGUCCCGGCGCGGCGGAGCGGGACGCCGCUGAUGCCCCCCGCCGUUCACAUCUCACAUCCGCCCCACGGUCUGCUGAGCCACGACAACACUGACUGUUUCUUUCUUUUUGUCUUUCCAAAGCUAAUGUGGUUUUCAAAGUCCCUUUACAGUCCUGAAAAACAUUCAGCUCCUGGCUUUGACAGGUUCAGGUCUGACAUUUCAUCUUUUAUUUUCUUCCUUUUUUUAAGAAAUGCAUGCAUAGAGAUAUUUUGGGCCCUCAAAUGUGUUUAUAAUCACUUGUUUUCUAUCAUUUUUACGGUGCCUAAGUUAUAAUGAUGCAAUUUUCUGAAUGUUUGUUACAUUUGAGAACAAGUGGUCUGUAAAAA